AGCCAAUACACGCAGUGCAAGUUAUUGCGGAAAGUAUGAAGGCAAUUAUGUCGCGGAGGAAGAAGGCGCCAGCCUUCGUGCCUAUUAACGAGCACUUCCAGCGAGCAUCGACUCUAUCCCGUUCUCCAGUACAAGAAGGAGCAAAGCCUGCAGCUGAUGCUAUCGACUUGACGCUGGACGACGCACCACCGAGUCGACAGAAGCGCCAGCGUUCCUUCUACGAGGAUUCCGAAGACGAAGCAGAGAACGGAGAGCCCAAUACAGCGCUAGACUUGAUUCGUCAGAGUAGACGGCGUUCAACAGCGUCCAGUGGUCCUUCACAAGCCAAGAAACGAGCUGUAGAUACGUCAAAAACUCUAAAUGAUAUUCUAACCAGAGCCAACCGGAAGGUCUUUGGUAACGACGGCUUCAGGAAGAAUCAGAGAGAAGUGAUAGAGGCCACAAUGCGAGGAGAAGACUGUUUCGUACUCAUGCCUACAGGAGGCGGCAAGAGUUUGUGCUACCAGCUUCCUGCGGUGUUAAGCAAGGGCGUAACAAUUGUAGUAUCGCCGCUGUUAUCGUUGAUUCAAGACCAAGUGACAGCGUUGAUCCAGAACCCUGGAUGUGGCAUCCCUGCAGCAUUUCUGACUAGUCAAACGUCGUUAACACUCAAGAGAUCUAUCACAGCCGAGCUGAAACGCUCUGCGCCCAGUGUUAAGCUGCUGUACUUGACACCCGAGAAGGUCAUCAAGUCGCCAGAGAUGAUGGACUUGUUGAAAGACUUGCAUCGCAACAAGAUGCUCGCCCGGUUUGUGAUCGAUGAAGCCCAUUGCGUCAGCCAAUGGGGUCACGAUUUCCGACCGGAGUAUAACCAGCUAGGUAUACUCAAGAAAACCUUCCCUACCGUGCCAUUGAUGGCACUAACAGCGACUGCACCGCCCAAGGUUAUUGAUCACGUGAAGAAGUCGUUGAUGAUCUCGAACGGACAUGUGUUUUCCAUGAGCUUUAACAGACAAAACCUUACGUUUGAGGUGCGCGAUAAGCCUCGUGGUGGUGACAAGAAGGCCAUGGAAGCGCUCUAUCAACACAUUUCGACGACAUACGCACCUGAUGCAGUGGGUAUCGUGUACUGUAUGACCAAGCAGGACUGUGAAGACGUAGCCAACUACUUGUUCGACCACGGAUUAAGCGCUGAUUUCUACCAUGCAGGACAGUCAGCAACAGACCGACACAUGGUACAGGAGGCGUGGCAAAAUGGUCAGCUUAGUAUCGUGUGUGCUACAAUCGCUUACGGUAUGGGCAUUAACAAGCCCGACGUGCGCUACGUGAUCCACUUCUCGGUAGCCAAGUCCAUCGAAGGCUACUACCAAGAAGCAGGUCGAGCUGGACGAGACGGGAAGCCAUCACAGUGCAUAUUGUUCUACAGUCCACGGGACGUCUCCAAGAUGCGCAACAUCCUGUCGAUGCCUCAGAAAGGAAUGACCAAGAAAACCCGAGCCGUUCACAUGGAGAAGCUCAAGUCCAUGGCUGAAUACUGCGAGGACGACACGACCUGUCGUCGACAGCUGCUGAUCUCGUACUUCGGACAGCAAUUCCAGCGCUCAGACUGCAACAGGACGUGUGACAACUGCCGACGCACUCAACGUGCAGCUCGCAUGAACCGCUAAUCUAUCCGUAUCCUACCAUCGACAUUAACCUUAAUAGCUUGCAUGUACGUCGGAGCGUUGACAGCAAAUAACAAAACAAAAGAAUGGCUACAUUGGAAUCGCAGGUUAAUCGUUCC